AGCAAAAUAAACCACUUCGAGUCAUCCAACUACCCACGAAUUUACAUCAAACGUUUCGCAUUUUUAAACUCACAACGUGGCGCCAUAUUAACCGCUACCUUAACUUUCCCUCCCAACUCCUCUCAACUAGUGCCAAUUGCCAACGCUGAACCUCUUCCUAACUUAGACAUAUGCGCGGCUGCUUUCCUCUCUCAACACCUCAGUUCCCGAACCCACCAACCAUGGCGCCCUCCGGUUCCUCUUCUCUCAUGUGGUUUCGAAAGGGCCUCAGAGUCCACGACAACCCAGCUUUAGAUUAUGCUUCCAAAGGGUCUAAAUUUGUUUAUCCAGUUUUUGUAAUUGAUCCACAUUACAUGGAGCCCGAUCCAAAUGCAUUUUCUCCGGGGUCAUCCCGUGCAGGCAUCAAUCGUAUCAGGUUCUUGUUAGAGAGUCUUGUUGAUCUUGAUUUGAGCCUCAAGAAGCUUGGCUCCAAAUUGUUGGUCUUGAGAGGAGAGCCUAGUCAGGUCUUGAUUCGGUGCUUGAAGAUUUGGGAUGUGGAAAAGCUUUGCUUUGAGUAUGAUACAGAUUCAUAUUAUCAAGCUUUGGAUGCUAAAGUAAAGGUAAUUUUGUUUUGGCAGGAAUAUGCCUCUUCAGCUAGAAUUGAAGUUUUCUCUCCAGUCAGCCAUACCCUUUUCAAUCCUGCGGAUAUCAUACAAAAGAAUGGAGGUAAGCCGCCGUUGAGUUACCAAUCAUUUCUGAAGGUUGCUGGACAACCCUCAUGGGCAUCAUCCCCACUUCCAACCACGAUUUCCUCACUUCCUCCUGUUGGAGACGUUGGAAGUUGUGAGAUUUCAGAAGUCCCAACACUAGAAGAACUUGGCUAUGGAGAUGUUGAACAAGAUGAAUGGGCUCCUUUUAGAGGUGGUGAAUCAGAAGCGUUGAAGAGGUUAAGAGAAAAAAUCACUAAUAAGGAGUGGGUGGCAAAUUUUGAGAAGCCUAAGGGUGACCCAUCAGCAUUUAUGAAACCAGCAACCACAGUGUUAUCACCAUACUUGAAAUUUGGCUGUCUCUCUUCCAGGUACUUCUAUCAAUGUCUUCAAGAUGUUUAUAAAAAUGUAGGGAAGCACACAUCACCACCAGUUUCUCUUCUUGGCCAGUUGCUCUGGCGAGAUUUCUUCUAUACUGUGGCUUUUGGCACUCCUAACUUUGAUCAGAUGAAAGAAAAUAGAAUAUGCAAGCAGAUUCCUUGGAAUGAAGAUGAUGAAUUACUAUCAGCAUGGAGAGAGGCGAGAACAGGAUAUCCCUGGAUUGAUGCUAUCAUGGUCCAGCUUCGCAAGUGGGGUUGGAUGCACCAUCUAGCACGACAUUGUGUUGCAUGUUUUCUAACUCGUGGAGAUCUGUUUGUGCACUGGGAGAAAGGGCGCAAUGUUUUUGAGAGACUUUUGAUUGAUUCAGAUUGGGCAAUUAAUAAUGGAAACUGGCUCUGGUUGUCAUGUUCAUCAUUCUUUUAUCAGUAUAAUCGCAUCUACUCGCCGAUAUCAUUCGGGAAGAAGUAUGAUCCGAAUGGUAAUUACAUAAAGCAUUUUCUCCCUGUACUGAAAGACAUGCCGAAGGAGUAUAUCUAUGAGCCAUGGACAGCUCCAUUAAGUGUCCAAACCAAGGCAAAGUGCAUAAUUGGAAGAGAUUACCCAAAACCAGUGGUUGCUCAUGAUUCUGCAAGCAAGGAGUGCAAGAAAAAGUUGGCAGAAUCUUAUGCAUUGAACCAAAAAUUGAAUGGAAAGCUGGGCGAGGAAGAUUUGAGGAAUCUAAGGAGAAAACUGGAGCAAGAUCAAGAUCAAGAGCACAAAGGUAAAAGGCAGAGAUUGAAAUAUUGAUCACCCAUCCAACAAAUAUUGAUAUUUCAGCUUGCAAAGCUCUCUUUCUUGGGGAAAAUAAAAAGAUCUUGAAUGGCUGAAACCAUCUUUACUCAUAAAACAAAAGGCAAUUUUAAAAUUUGGAAGUCGUGAUCAAAGAAUUGAGCAGAGUAGAGAGUCCAGUAAUAAUAAUUUGAAUUAAUAGGAAUUUUGGGCGAUUGCUGCCACUUCUAAUAUUGUUAAUUAUCAAUUUGAUUAUGCUAACCAUUUAUCUUGACUUUGUGGGGCUGUAACUGCCUGGUAUUUCGCUUGGCAUGUGUGCUUUCACUGGAUGAUGUGACAGAUACGUUGAAGUUGAAAUUGUAUAUGCCAUAAUAUUUAUGUUAUUUCCUUUUAUGA